AUGGGUGCCAAGGUCCUGAAAGUGAAGAACCGGAAUGAGUUCAAGAACUACAUGGCCGAGAAUGGGCCCGCCAAGAGGAUGGUGAUCGACUUCUUCGCCACGUGGUGCCCGCCUUGCCGGAUGAUUUCGCCGGUGUUCGAGGAGCUGAGCGCCAAGUACGGCGGCCGCGUGACGUUCCUCAAGGUGGACGUGGACGAGAUUCGGGUGGCAGCCCAGAAGUGUGGGAUAGAGUCGAUGCCCACCUUCCAGGGCUACUACAAGGGAAAGCUCAUUGGCCAGGUGGCGGGCGCCGACAAGGAGAAGCUGGAGGAGUUGAUAAAGAAGGUCGCUGAGCUAGGCGACGAAAACGAUGAGGAUGAAGGGGGUGAGUGGUACGACCAGCCAAAGAAGAAGAGGUCCUUCUUUAAGAGACUGUUCAAGAAGAGUUCAUGA